AGUAAAGCCCCGGCAGCAGUCAGCCAAUCGAAAUAAUCUCCUGUGCAUGUAACUGUUCUUCAGCUAAACGGAAUUUCAGUGUGUAAAUCAGUCUGUCCUUAUCAUCAUGGCGUCUGGCGCUCUGUUCCCCAGCAUGGUGUCUGGGUCCCGCGGCUCCUCCAGUAAGUAUCUGGUGGAGUUUCGUGCUGGUAAGAUGACCAUGAAGGGCAGCACGGUGACCCCUGACAAGCGUAAAGGUCAGGUCUACAUCCAGCAGACCGACGACUCCCUGAUCCACUUCUGCUGGAAGGAUCGGACCACAGGGAACGUGGAUGACGAUCUGAUCAUCUUCCCCGAUGACUGUGAGUUUAAACGGGUGAACCAGUGCACCACCGGGCGGGUCUAUGUGCUGAAGUUCAAAGCUGGCUCCAAAAGACUUUUCUUCUGGAUGCAGGAGCCAAAGACAGACAAGGAUGAGGAAAACUGCCGUAAAGUGAACGAGUACCUCAACAACCCGCCCAUGCCAGGAGCCCUCGGUAGCGGUGGCAGCGGAGGACACGAUCUGUCUGCUCUGGGAGGGGAAGGAGGUCUGCAGAGCCUUUUGGGUAACAUGAGCCACAACCAGCUCAUGCAGCUCAUUGGACCGACUGGACUCGGUGGGAUCGGUGGUCUUGGGGCGCUGGCUGGUCCAGGCUUGGCCAACCUCCUGGGCAGCAGCAGCAGUAGCAGCAGCAGCAGUGUUCCUGCAGCCAGUAACUCCUCCACAAGUCCCUCCACAGCUGUCACCCCAACCUCCACCUCUGCUGCCAGUCGGCUCGGCUCCUCCCAGGUUCCCACCACCCCCAUCACUCCCUCUGCAACCUCAGCAGCCUCCCCCACGGCCACAACCCCCUCCACCCCUGCUGUAUCCUCUCUGGCAGCGGGGGCAGCCAACCCUUCACAGCCAAUCCAGUUGAGAGACCUACAGAGCAUCCUGGCCACCAUGAACGUGCCAGCCAGUGGACAGGGAGUGGAUCUGGCCAGUGUCCUGACGCCUGAAGUCAUGGCUCCCAUCCUGGCGAACCCUGAGGUGCAGCAGCGGUUGAUGCCUUACCUGCCGUCAGGAGAGUCUCUGCCUCAAAGCUCAGAGGAGCUCCAAAACACGCUCAGCUCGCCGCAGUUUCAGCAGGCUAUGAGCAUGUUCAGCAGUGCUCUGGCGUCGGGGCAGUUGGGGCCUCUAAUGAACCAGUUUGGUUUGCCUGCAGAGGCCGUCGAUGCAGCAAACAAAGGAGACGUGGAGGCUUUUGCCAAAGCCAUGGAAACAGAGACAAAGUCCGACCAGGAGGGAGAUUCCAAAGACAAGAAAGAUGACGAUGAAGACAUGAGUCUGGACUAAAAACUCUCAACAAUAUUAUUUAACUUAUUUAUUUAGCUGCUGCUUUGUUUUGUUACUAUUUAACACCAAAUACAAUGAUUCAUAGAGUAGAAACUGUUACUAAGACUCACCGUUGCUGAUAAUGCUGUGUCCAUCUUCCAACAGUGUGUUCAAUAAUAUAAACAGAGUCAAUAUAAUGAACAUCUGUUCUAUCUGCAUGUCAGCUAUCAGUGUGUGCUGUCCAAACACAAGGGAACAGUAAAAUCAUGGAAAAACAA